CGUAUUGUAUUUUACAGUCGAACGCGAACCAGUUACUUCCGAAGUUUCCCAGCGAGCGGUACACGGGCGGACGAUUCGUCCGAGAAGCGAAACGAGUCUGCAUUUUUAGCACGUCACGACGAGGCAAGCAAAAUCUCAAAAGAAAACACGAAAAGGCGAGACAGAACUGUGCGUGAAACAUUGUGCAGCGUUGCGAGUGCUUCUAUUCAAAGCACCCAGCGAAAAUAUGUAAAUAAAACGUUGUAAGCGACAGAAUAAGCCCGGUUUCACAGUGCGCCCCAUUCAUAUGCAAAUCGGAAUCGGUGCCGCAAACUAAGCAGCACAUAAUUUGCGAAUUAAAUCAAAACACACGUCGCUCCGUCUCGCUCUUUUGAGCCGGCAUCCUGGCAGCAACAACAAUUGCAGGACAUUAAACGGACGCCUGGCUGAACGUUACGCGACGCGAACCGUUAACCGUUACGCUUCCGCUUUACGGCUUACGUAGCUCGCGCACGGUCCUGUGUGUGUGUGUGUUUUGCGGAUUUAACAAUUGGCAACGGGGCGGAUGAGAAACGCGAUGCCGCCCACGUAAUGUGUGCCGAAAUUUAAAUUGCACUCUAUGUAUACGACUGUGUGUCGGCGUGAGUGUGUGUGUGUGUGGAUAACGAUUACCAUAAACGUAAACAAAAGGAUUAGACGUUACGUUGCCGGGAUUACGCCAGCAGUAGCGACAGACUUUUUCCGAUAGCUCCAGCUUCCAUUCUCAGGUUGCAUCCGCCCGAUCAGGCAGAGCUUAAGCUUUGUUCAUCCGCGGCUUUGUUCGUGUGACAAGCGAAACUAAUGAGCACAAAUCGGAAGCAGGAAGCAGCAAGCAGCAAGCAGCAACGAAAGUAAAACUGCUUAAGUAAAUACUCGUAACUGUGAUAAGACCAAAGAAAGCACAGCGGAUCACAAGUUGCGUAAUUACGAGCCAUCGUCCAGUGAUUUUGCGCGCAAUAAAUGUCAACGUGGCAACAAGGAAAGUAAUCACAACUAUUUGCUAAACCCAAGCACCCAGCAAACCAGCAAACCAUCUCACAAAAUGGCUCACCCACGGAAGGCAGUUGCGCCACCAGCAACACUUCAACUUGCCCCACCAGCACAAACAGCACAAAGCCCGGCAGCAACAUUGCUGCACAGCAGAAGAGCCUCAAGUUCAAGGCGGUCAUCGUUAAUCAGAUGUUUUAUAUCCUGCCACACGUUCAACUUCUUCCUGCUGCUUCUCCUCUUCGCCAGCGGAGUCCGGGCUGCCGGCAAGCUGGCCACUCGGAGCAACAAAACAUCGGGCUCAUCGGCAGCAUCGGGAGUCGGAGCCGGAACAGCGGCAACUUCGGCAGCGGCGGCGGCAGCGUCUGGAACACCCAUUUGGGAUCAUGCCAUCGAUUUGAAUGAGGAUUUUCGCAUACUAUGGCAAAUCAUUAAUCAGGAUAUAACGUUUGAAAUACAGGCACGUACCCUGGGCUACGUCGGGUUCGGAUUCUCGCCCGAUGGCAAUCUGGCUGGUGCCGAUAUGGCCAUCGGCUGGGUGGACAAGGGUCAAACCUAUUUUCAGGAUCGACACGUCACACGGAAUGGAGACCCUGAGCCGGUGGUGGAUCCCUCGCAGGAUUAUAUGCUGAUGCUGGGCUACGAGAACGCAACCCACACGGUCCUCCGCUUCCGACGCAAACUGGACACAUGCGACCCCAGCCACGACAUCGCCAUCACGAACGACACGAUGCGCCUGCUGUACAUGUACCACGCCCAGGAUCCGCCGCACGGCUCGGUGCGUCCUGGCACCCUUCCGGAUCCGGCCCGCGCCUUCCGCCCCUACCGCCCCAUGGUCCUCAUGCAGCGCGCCCAGCUGCCGAUGCCCUCACCCACGCACGACGAGCGCGUGCGAGUCCUCGAGCUGCGCAACGAGGAUGUGGAGCUGCCCGCCGGCGACCUGCCGCUCUUCUGGUGCAAGAUGUUCAAGCUGGAGGACAUCAAUCGCAAGCACCACCUGAUCCGGUACGAGCCGAUUUAUGAUUCAUCGUCCAGCGUGCACUACUUGCAGCACAUAACGCUGCACGAGUGCCAGGGUGCCCACGCGGAGCUGGAGGAGAUGGCACGCGAGCAGGGCCGCCCGUGCCUCGGAGCCCGAUCCAUUCCGCUGGCGUGCAACGCCAUCGUGGCCUCCUGGUCGCGCGGCAGCGAGGGCUUUACUUAUCCACAUGAGGCCGGCUACCCGAUCGAGUCGCGGCAGGCGAAAUAUUAUUUAAUGGAGACCCAUUACAACAAUUUGAAGCCCGACUUUGCCCAAUUGCACGCCAGACAAAUGGCGGAUAAUUCGGGUUUGAAAAUCUACUUUACGCACGUCCUGCGACCUAACGAUGCUGGCAUACUGUCAAUCGGAAUGGACCCCAACUGGCGACACAUCAUCCCGCCGGGCCAGAAGCGGGUCGUUUCCGAGGGACAGUGCAUCGAGGACUGCACCGGCUACGCCUUCCCCCAGCAGGGCAUCAACAUAUUCGCGGUGAUGAUGCGCACCCACCAGAUCGGCAAGGAGGUCAAGUUACGCCAGAUACGACAAACCGAGGAGCUGCCGCCAAUUGCACACGACAGCAAUAUAGAUGUUGCCUAUCAGGACUUUCGACGUUUGCCACAAUCGGUGCAUUCCAUGCCCGGGGAUAGACUCAUCGCCGAAUGCAUUUAUGACAGUUCGUCACGAAAGGCAAUUACCCUGGGUGGACUUACCAUGAAGGAAGAAAGCUGCACGGUGCUGACACUCUACUAUCCACGCCAGAAGAAGCUGACAACGUGUCACUCACUGCCGAGUCUGCCCACAGUGUUGCACUCGCUUGGUAUCGAGCAACUGGCAACCGACUCGAACCCCGUGCUUAUAUCAUCGCCGCCCGAAUUGGCCGGAAUGACACUGGAGGCACGUCUGAUAUCCUACGACUGGGAGAAUCAAUUUGGCGAAUUCCAGGAGGCCACACGCAAGGGCAGCUUCAAGCCCAUUUGCUGGGGGGCCAAGAAUCAUGUGGUGCCGGGCUCCGAGUUCCUCGAGGGCUACAGCAUAAAUGUGACCAAGACGUACAAGAAGCACCGGCGGUGCAAACCCAAGCGGCCCCUGGCCCCGCCCACCGAGCGCACCGCCCCGCCGCCCGCGUCCGACCUCAGCGAGCUCCCGGUGCUCCACGAGCUGGACAACAACAACAUCAUCGAGGGAGCGGCGCGGAGCAGUCGCAGCUCGGCGACCGACGUCCACAGCUUGAGCCGCGGAAGCGGGCGCCACUUCAUCAGCUGCCUGCUCUGGCUGGGCGCCUCGUCCUGGUGGCUUCUGCUGAUGCUCAGGACGUGAGGGGAUUGAAAGGGAUUCGGCGGCAGACGAAGCAGCAGCACCACAGGCACCACCGUCUCAAUACACUAAACUAACCAUACAGCUGAAGUGCAGAUGAAAAUCAGUGAAAAGCGAAAAUAGGGUACUGAAAUAGCAAACGCAACUCAACUACAGCUCUCUCUCUAACUACAAAUGACAUCUCUUAAUCCUACUACAGAUACAGAUACAUAUACAGAUACAAAUAGAAGCAGAAUGAAAAUGCGGAAAAGAGGAAAACAUGAAAUAUUCAUAAUAAGCUAGCGUAUAACAGCUUUUCCAGACCCCCAACCCCGUACACCUGCUAGUCCCUGACGCCCAUUUAUUUAAGCUCCUCCCUCCACAGUUUUGUUGAUUUUGUUCUAGAGUUUUAGUAAAUUAUUAAUGAUUUUUUUAAGUAGUCUAAGCUGAAAACAAAAUAAAAACAAAUGUCAAAAGCAAAAACUAAAUCAAGAAAAUGAAAAAUAUGAAAAAAACUAAAAAAUAAGGAAUACCAUGUCGAGAAAAACCGAAAAGCAAUAAUUAGUUGUUGUUGUCGUUAUAAAAUAUACAAAAUGCGAAAUUGUAAAAGAUACAGAUAUUAUAGAUAUACACCGUGGCUACAUAUAUAGCAGUCAUUCCUUCAACCAUAACAGAUAUAAACCAUACACCUAUAUUUAGAUAUCUAUGUAUACAUAUAGGGUCUGACUUAUGUAAAGCUUGAGCGUCUGAUGGGUUUUGUUGGGCAUUGCAAGAAACAAUCGUAGAAGGGAAAGGCAUCAAGUGGCAAGUAGAGGAGCGUGCAUCAGGCCCUUCAUCCCUCCCCCGGUUAAGUUUAGUCCGAGCUACUAGGUGGAACUAAGUUCGAGCGGAAUCAUAGAUACAUCACUCAAGCAAAACACACACACAAACAAAGACACAAGCAUGCAUGAACUUUAUACGUCCAUUUAAGAGAAGCAAAUCGAGAGAGACAGAAAGGAUUUAGUUAAACGUAACUUUAGAAAAGACUUGGAUGAAUUUACUCUGUUUUGCAAAAGACUAAGAAGGGAAAUUAAUUAACGGAAAGCGAGAGCUAACUCACACAAUUAAAUUUAGUAAUUUAGGCUGAUUUAAAGGCAAGUUGCAGUAAGGACGCAAAUGAACCGAUAUAUUUUGACACCUGAUUAUUCGUUUUUGGGAACGCUGUCAACUCACAACUAUCCAUUCAAUCUGACUGCAAUUUGCAUGUAUCUUAUUCCUUUCGUUAACCUAUUCAAAUGACACUACACUCGCGCUUUUUGCUAAGUUUCAUUCAGUUACCUAAUGCAAAUCUACCUGCUCUUUCAACUACAAAACGAAAUUAAGGAAAAGAAGCAUAAAUAUUCAGAACACUCAAAGUGUUGCCUCCUCUCUUUCUUACUCGCUGUCGUUCUACUAUAACUCUACGUUUAGCACGAUAGGCUAUAACUUUCUAGACCUAAGUUGUAAAUAUAUAGUACUCUAGCGGACGGAGGACGGGAAACUAAUUGGAUAAAUGGAAAGGUGGAGAGAAGCAUUAUACAGGGUGUGUGAUUAGGUAAGGCUCUCGAUCAACUCGAUCAGCUCGAUUAGCUCGAUCGGCUCUAGCAGUUCUAGGCGUAGUAUUGGAUGUCCCUAUAGGUUCUACCUUUAAUUACAUACGGAUGCGGAUAGACAGUUAGGGGACACUUAGAAGUGUUCCACGGCGCCGCCAAGAUCUGCUCGAAGUAGUAAAAAUAUACCAUAUACAUACGACAUAAAUAUAAAGUACAUUUAUAUAUACACAUACGAUAACUAUAACUAUAAAGUCUAUAUAUACAAUACCAUACAUCUAUAAGUAGUUACGUGGUUCGUAGUUGUAAAUGUGAAUGUGAGUAUUUUAUACAAAACAGAAGGAAACGAAAUAAAAAAGCAAAUAAAGCAAAGCAUAAAGCGAUAAAAAGAAGAACAUUUUUAUACCAAAAGAAAAGAUGAUGAUAAGCCCCCUUGAAGCGAUCGCGAACAGUCGCACGCUAUAUAUACAAAUCAUAUAUAUUUUAGGAUAACUGAUGUAACUAAGAUUAGUGGCAAGUUGGCGUAAACAGAAAGCAAAUGCAAAGUUGAAACAAUCAAAAUAACAUUUAAACAACAAGCGGCAAAGAGGAAACACUUUUUUGCGCUUAACUAUUAAAAGUUUGCCUCACACAGACACACACACGCACACGCACACACACACUGACAUCCCAGUUAGCGGAAAAAGUAAAACUUUGCUGCAGCCAGAAACGCGGCCUUUAUAUAGUAUAUGGGCCAUCCUGUUUUUGAGGUUUUCCCACUUGUCGGGUAACUUUUUAAUGGACCCUCUUCUCAUCCCGAGUCCCAUGCCUUCCAGUUAAACGCCGGCGCCUUCAGCCGUGCCGGCAGCCCCAACUAGGUCUAAUUAGGAGCGAUGAGCAACCGACAUCGUUCUCAUAGUUUUGGCAUUCGAUUCGCCCGCUGUGUCCUUUGUCAUAGCAACCUGGCCACUUUUUCCGUUGCCUCUUUUUACCUUUGUUUGGCACAUUAAUUAAACUUCUUGCCCGGAAAAAGCAGAGGAGGAAACUGGGCAAAAACAAGGCGCACAAUUACAAAGGCAGCGGAAGGAAACUAAAACGAAAACAUUCCUUCUUUGGCUCGCCAAUUGAAAAUUAGUUUGGCCAACUGGCAAACAGACAGACACACAACACACUCAGUCACACACAAAAACGGAGGGAAAUGUAUUCAUAUAAUUUAAUGAAAUGCAAACAACAAAAACGGUUUUGGAAAAUGUACUUGCGAUAGAAACGAUAAAAAAGUCGGAAAAUAGUUUCAAAAACUACUUAUACAAAACGUAAUAAAGGGGAACCAGACGAAAGCUAAAAUAAAAUAAUCCAAAUAAAGCUAAAUACACAGGAACACAAAUACACCGGAGAAGCGCAUUGGCAAAGCAAAAGAUAGCCGGAAAUGGAGACCAGGGGUCGGGGAAAGGUGUCUCGGGGACACAAGCUGAUUAGGGGCUGCAUCAUCCUGACCGAGAUUCACGAAGAUUAAUCCAAUGAAUCGGGCUUCUUGACCGAAUGGCCCUGGGACGAUAGGAGCAGAAUACUCGAAACCCGAAGCGCAGCUUUAGAGUCCAUCUCUUCUGCCCGGUUUCGGCCAUUCUCAGGCUCUGGUGGCUCAAUGCUUUGUCCGGCACGGCCACUUGGCUCUGUCAUCUAGCCGCCUAUAAGCAUUUAACAUUUUUCCACUCCGCUUUGACCCACUCUGACUAUGGUCCUUUGUUGGCGCAGAAAAAGGUGAAGCGGGGCACUCCAUUCAGGAAACUAAUAAGUUUUUAAAACUGACCCAAUUAGCUCGUUUAACUUGUUUCCCCAUUCUGCCGGCGCCUCAAAGACACCUUUUGUUCAUCUGCUCAAAGGCAUCUCGAGAAAAAGGAAAAGAAUAGCCCGAUUCACUAGGAUGCAGUUUGGAGGCUGUCAAGAUGGCUAAGUAAGAAACACGGAAACACACCCUCACACUGAGAAAACAAUAUAGCAUGUUAGUAGUAUCAAGUGUAUAUGUUCUUAGGCCCUCUAUUGAAAGUUUUUAUUUUGCGGAAGCGGGAAGGCGAAGAAGCGAAUGAAUGUGAAAAUGAGGAAAGACGGGAAACGAAAACAAAACACAACCUACCUAAAGCGAUAAACAAAACCUAACUAUUUUUAGUGUGUACCUUGAUUUUUUCAUAGCAAAAGAAGCCCUAAGCCAAGAUGGCAUGUGCAGCGGGAGAUCCCAGGAAAACUAAUCUUAAUAGAUAUAUAUGAGAAAUAACGUAAAAGUAAAAGCAAUAAUGAGCAAACGCAUAGCUAUCAAUAGGAAGAUCGAGAGGUAGGCUAAACAAAUACUCUAACUCUAGGCAAACGAUAACAGUAAGGCAUAGUUGACGAUCGACGGAAGAAACGUGUAGCAUACUUUUUUGGGCAGCCUAUUGGCGGAAACGGAAAUGGAAGUGAAUCGAUCUAUUACUGGUCGGAAUUGAAGAAGGGAAAGCAAAUGGGAACAGGAACGGGGCGAUUAAAAGAGAUAUGAAAAAGGCAGAAAUUGCAUAUGAUUAAAGCGUAAAACAAAAACUAUUUUAAAGUAGAGCAGUUUGCAAAAAUAUUUAAAUGUGUCGUUAGAAAACCCCCAAAAAUUGUAGUUGCAUUGUCGUUAGCCAUAGUAGAAAAGUUGCAUAUUGAAUACGAGGACACAGGAGCUAAAAGGAAAUGAUCGAAGAAGCAUACAUACCAUACAUCAAUCAAAGAGAACUAACAUAGCCGGCAUCUUAGAAACAUCAUCAGUAUUUGUGUAUAAGCCCUGCAUGAAACGAAAUACAUACAAACAGGCCCACAUAGAUACAUAAACAUAUGCAUACCAACAUUAAUAUAUCGUAACGUACGGAUAAAUAUAGCUAAGCCCAACCACCCAGUAACCCAAAGCUGUCCCCCGAACAAACAUAUAGAUCAAUCCCCUGAAAGGAACUUUAAAUACAGCCCGUUAAAAGGAUAACAACACUUGAUCAUAAGCAAUAGACAUCAGAAUCGAGCUCUGCGAGAACGGAGGCAACUGUACUUGACACUUGAGUACGAGGACAGCGAAAAACCAAAGUUAGUACCUCCUAAAUACCAGUAAAUCACUAAAUCCCCUAACGGGCUUUCCUUAAGCGCUCUUCAGUCGCCGCCAACUGGCCCGCACACUUUCAGUUCGAAUGACCUCAAGCUGAGCUCGACCUUACCUCAAUCUGUCAAAGGUUAAAAGCAAGCGGUUGCCUCUACUCUCACAGCCAAAUCAACACUCACGAACAGCCACACACCGACACAGUUAGAAACCAGACAUUUUUGAUACCGAACUAAAUGAUAAUGAUUAUUGAGAACCGGAAGCAGAGUGAGGAGAACAAAAGGACGUCGGACGAACAUCAUUUACGAGUAUCUAUUGUGAACUACAUUGUUUGAUUGAGAGCUAAGUUCCGACUACUACAACCACUACUCUCUAUGAAUGUUUUUAAGUUAUCACUAAAAUAAUUUUGUAAUAUACUAAACCGCAAGCUAAGCAACUUUUACUAUAACAACAAAUGAUGAAAACCGAAAAAGUAAAAGCAAAACAAACAAUAAAAUAAAAUAUAUAUUAAAUAUAUAUAUACAUAUAUAUAUAUAGAAAUUAAA